AUGUUCGAUGAUGAAUGGAAGCUUCAACCAAAAGGAGAUGAAAAAGAAUACUUCAUUGAUCGUGACCCAGAUUGCUUUUCUGUGCUUCUUAAUCUCUUAGGGACUGGUAAGCUUCAUGUGCCUUGUCACAUACCUGAAAAAUUACUCUAUAUGGAGGCUCAUUAUUACGGCCUUCUUGAUCAUGUUAGAACUGCAAAGUGGGGUGAUUUUGAUAGUAACAGGUUAAGAUUAACGGGUAGCGUUAGUGGACAGGCUCCUCGUAAUUGCAGUGCGAUCAGAGCAAGUCCUGAUGGAGGUUGUGCUGUUGCUCAUGGUGGCGUUGUUCGUGUAUAUGACUGGAUGCUCGAAGAACAUCCACCGCUAAAUCUUGAAUAUCAAAGUGUUAAUGAUAUUGGGUGGAUGAAUUCAGAUAAUAUAGUGAUGGCUGUUAGCCAAAACUUGGACAGGCCGGGAGUCGGAGGAAUGGGCGUUUUCAGUGCUUUGACAGGGGAACUGAGGCAAAGGUUUCAGUUGAGCGAUGGAGAAGAUCAGGUCAAAGGCUUCGCUGCUGGAGCUUUAUGUUUUAACACUGAUAGUAACAAAGUACUUGCUAGUUGUAGAGAUAUUACAAGUAAUGAAGGAAUCGGGGUGUGGGAUCAAGAAACUGGAAAACAAACUGAUUUUUUUGAUUUCGGUCUCGGCAGUGAUGAAAAGAUUCAAUGGUUUAAUGGACGUAAUUGUUUACUUGUCAACAGUUACAUCAAUUAUAAACGUCGUAUCAAUCUUUUAGAUUUUAGAGACAAAAAAAGUGUGGUUUGGUCCUGGCCUGAUGAUAUUAAAACUGUAGAUUUUAAAGACAAAAAAAGUGUGGUUUGGUCCUGGGCUGAUGAAACUAAAACUUGUCAUGUUCAUACUCAUAUUCAUGAUGCAAUUCCGAUGGAAGAAGGUAAUAGCAUUUGUGUGGUUGAUCAGAGUAGAAAUUUGGGAUUUUUAGAUUUGAGAGAUACCACAAAAAGCGUCAGAUGGAAUUUGUAUCGUGGGAAAGACACCGCCCAAAGUAAUUAUACCAAAUUAACACUGCAUGGAGGACAGAUUUUUUGUUCCGUGGGUGAUAAGAUAUCUGUAUAUUAUUAUGAUGGUCUUGAUCAGUGGGUUUUAACAUCUAAUCUUGAAGGAAGUCACGGUGGUUCAGUUAGGGACUUCUCAAUAGGUGGUGAUCGCCUUUUUGCUCUUCACACUGAGAAGAAUGUGUUCGACGUGUGGGAGACUCCAUCUGCCCCAAUUAUAUGA